AUGACCGGCAGAAAAGGCUCAAGAAGCUCGGAGCAGCUGUUGGCCGUUGCAGCACUACUAACGCUAGUGUACGCCACAAAGUCAGCAUCAACAGCGGCCAUAACCGAUGCUGACACCGGCCCGGCACAAAUAACAAACGUCUGCAAGGAGGAGUUUUAUUUGUCUGAGCUGCGAAAAGAAAUCGCUGCAGGAAUCACCAGGCGACGAAGACAGAGACAGGACCUACUGAAGCUAGAGAGGAAGUAUAGGCUGGCUGCAACCAUGGCAACUCAACCCAACGACAGGUGCCUUUACUCCGCUUUAGCAGCCAAACUUGAGCAAAAAGCGGAGUCGGUACAACAGCAGGCCGAUAAGGCCGACGAUACAGCAACGACAGCAAUGGGGCUAAUCGACGAACAUGUAGGAAAGCUCAAGUACGCACAGAAACUACUGAAAACAAAAGCAGCCGUAGAUGCCACCGGCUACAGCCGAGCAGGAGACAGUAGCAACAUUUACCUAGAGUUAACUCGGGAGACAAUCGGCAACGGACGCUGCACAGCAAUUGACAGCUGGGGAAAAUUCAGCAGCGCACACACAGCGAUCGACGCGGCAAAGUUAACAGAAAUUAAGAUUACGCCAGACACAGAUCUAGCAACAAAAAUAUUCAAAGACAAAAUAACUAUUACCGGCUUCAACGGCUGCACAGCAUCCGCAGUAGCAAAAACAAGAACGUUCUCGAGUGUACUAAGCACCUGCACCGUUUCCGGCAGCGAAGCUGUAACCUAUGCGCGUAACAGCGCAGACUACUCUUACAGCACAAGCACAGCAGCGUUCUACAAAAAUCAUGACCCUGACCAAGGUUGCGAAGAUGCGACUGCAGCUGGCGAGGAGGGAGCAACGGCAGACAUCAAACUCCGUUAUGCAGUAUGCCUAGCCGUCAAAACUAUACAAACAGACGGGGGCAAGGUGCCACCCUUAAGUGGCAAAGCACUAAAAGGCGACAAACUAGUAACAAAUAUACUAAGAAACUGCCUACCCGCAUACCAAGCAGUAAGUAAGCCGUGGGACUCAGUCGAAGCAAAGGAUUUAAACGAUUUUAUCGAAUCAGCAUAUGGUGCAGACGACGGCAAAUUCAAAGAGAUUUUCGAUACCCCACUAGAUUCACGACAGAUAACCGUCAAACUGAAUGACAAAAGCGAAGACAAAGCACUAACUGCACUAGCAACAGCUAGCGAACGCAACGCAGCGACUAGCCAUAGCGGUGGUCAGCGGAACAAAAAAGAAAUUGAAACAUCAAAGAAACAACCAGCCGGUGCACCAGUUGCUUCCAAAGAAUCAGAAGAAAUAUGCAAGGACAAGGCACAAAAGGAGUGCAAAGAGGAAGAUAGGUGCGUAUUCAAGGAAGAAAAGUGCAAAGUUAAAGUAACCACAACAACAGGGAAAGAUGGGAAAACAAACACCACAGGGAGCAAUUCGUUUGUCAUUAACAAGGCCCCUCUUUUGCUUGCAUUCUCCCUCGCAUUAUUAAAUUUCUAA